AUGACAAGCUCUGCCCCACCAGCUUGGCUCUUUGGCGACACUCCUUCCCGCGAGGCGAUCGACGAACGCGACACAUCGAUAAACGACACAUCUGCAAUGGCUCCCAAAAAGGUGUCCAAGUCGGGCAAAGAAAAGGCAAAGGGCAAGAGCACCACCAGCUCAGGCCAGCCUUCUGCCCAGCUUCUCGAUCUUGUCGAGUCUUUCCUUUCCGACUUUUCAAGCAAGAAAGCCCUGGAAGAGUUCAAGCAGCACAGAGCGAAGAAGGGGCUUCCCAAGAGCUCCGCGAAGCCAUCGGAGACUCUUGUCGCUGUUUUCCAGAGCUGGGAGUCUAGCUCCAAGGCCGUCGCGCCAGUGAAGGGUGAAGAUGGCGACCAAGAUAUGAUGGAUGUGGACGCCGACUCGGAGUCUUCUGACGCCGAGAGUGAAAAUGACAAAAAGGUCGCGGCCAAGCAGAAGAGGCCAUUGAAGAGGAAGGCACCCUCUAGCAGCUCGUCAUCCUCCAGCUCCUCUAGCUCUGAAUCGAGUUCCGACUCCAGCUCCGAGGAUGAGGCCCCCAAGGCCAAGAAGCGCAAGGUGGCCAGCGCCCCUGCCCCUGAUUCGUCGUCGUCCUCUUCUUCCUCGUCCUCGUCAUCUUCGAGCUCCUCAUCCUCAUCCGAAGACGAUAGCGAUGAUAAAGAGGCCGUAGUCGAGAAUGACAGCUCUUCAUCGUCGUCUUCGUCGAGCUCGUCUUCGUCGUCUUCCUCCGACUCCGAUUCCGACUCAGACUCGGACUCCUCAUCGGAAGACGAAAAGGCUGCGAACGUUCCCCUCCCCGACUCUGACUCCGACUCCAGCUCCUCGUCCGACGAUUCUUCAAGCGAUUCGAGUGACUCCGACUCGUCCGACUCGGAUAAAAAGACCAAGAAAGAGAAGAAAGCUCAAGCUGAGGACAAGAGCGGGUCAGACUCGUCCGACACGGUCAAGACUUCGCCUCAAGUCUUCCCUGUCAGCGAGUUUGCACCGCUGCCCCCGGACCCUACCAAGACCAACAACCGUAAGAAGAGCGGCCCCGCGGAGCCCAAGAAGCCAAACGAGCCAUUCUCUCGCAUCCGAAAGGACAUCAAGGUCGACCCGCGCCUGAAGUCUAAUGCAUUCAACCCAGCAGACGACUGGGGACGUCAGGCGAAUGAAGACCUGAUUGUAACCAGGGGCAAAGGGUUCACCAAGGAGAAGAACAAGAAGAAGAAGGGAAGCUACCGUGGUGGUCGCAUUGAUACCACUGCCCGUAACGGUAUCAAGUUUGACGACUAG